UACGUCAAAAGGACGUGUAAAAGAUGAAACUUUGAUAAACAGGAUAUAAAUGGCAGAGAAAGCUAACAGUGACCUCAAUUUGUCAUGGACCAAAUUUAAACAGCGAAACAUUUAUUAGAAUGGAGGAAUAAAAUUAUAUUUCUACGAUUUAUGAUAUUUUGAGUCGCUUAAAAAAAGUUAAGAUGAGUCGUUCAGUGUCUUCCUGGUUGUUGGACUUUCUUGGAAUUUCUGUGAUUUUAUCAGCGCUGUGUUUACAAAUAGCUUACAGUGAACAUUUUAUAAAUAAAUUUGCUGUUCAUAUACCUGGUGGUGAAAGGAAAGCAAGGGAAGUUGCAGAUAGUCAUGGAUAUAUUCAUUUAGGACAGAUUGGCUCAUUAGAAGACCAUUACCUGUUUGAGCAUCCUCAUGUACACAGAAGGUCUGCAGACAGGAACCUUGAACACCAUGAGAAACUUUCUACACAUGAUGAUGUUCACUGGUUUGAGCAACAGCAGGUGUUGUCACGCAAAAAGCGGGACUUCCUUCCAAUGUCAGGGGAUGUAGCUGAGGAGAAGGAUGCAAAACGUGUCAGUCGUGAUGCCACAGGACGUGACUCUAGGGAAGUCAACAGGGAACUAUACUUUAACGAUGAACUCUACAAGAAAAUGUGGUACUAUAAUGGGGGAGGUAAGGAUCACACAGAUAUGAACGUGCACGGCGCGUGGCAGAAGGGCGUAACUGGUAAGAACGUCGUCAUCACUAUCCUUGACGAUGGUAUAGAACGGACACAUGAUGACCUCAAGGAUAACUAUGACCCCUAUGCCAGUUACGAUGUUAAUGGCCAUGACCCGGACCCAAUGCCACGAUACGACUACACUAACGAAAACAGACAUGGCACGCGGUGUGCGGGGGAAGUCUCGGCAAAGGCGAACAACACCAAGUGCAUUGUAGGAGUUGCGUAUGACUCGAAAAUUGGAGGUGUGCGUAUGCUGGAUGGUGAUGUGUAUGAUGCUGUUGAGGCGACGUCCCUUUCUCACAACCGAAGCCAUAUUGACAUUUACUCCGCCAGCUGGGGACCCGACGAUGAUGGUCGUGUAGUCGAUGGCCCCGGAACCCUGGCCAAGAAGGCGUUUGAGGAUGGGGUGAAAAUGGGCCGACAUGGCAAGGGUGCAAUAUUUGUAUGGGCAAGCGGAAAUGGUGGCAGGCAACAUGAUAGUUGCUCAUGUGACGGCUAUACAAAUAGUAUCUACACGCUGAGUAUAAGCGGGGUCUCACAAAAUAUCCUAAAGCCAUUUUAUCUGGAGGAGUGUGCCUCUACGCUCGCUACGACAUUCAGUAGCGGGGGUGGGGCCGAGAAGAAAGUUGUGACAGUUGACCUGCACAACAAGUGCACGGAGACCCACACAGGGACUUCUGCCUCUGCCCCGCUUGCUGCUGGCAUUGUUGCCCUCAUUCUUGAGAUCAACCCGGGCUUGACUUGGAGGGAUGUCCAGUACAUAACCUUGAUGACUGCCCGCCCACUUUCAGAUGGUGUCUGGACCAGUAACGGUGUUGGCCGGAAAGUUAGCCUGCGUUAUGGUUACGGUCUGAUGGACGCCACAGCAAUGGUGGAGCUGGCAGAGAAGUGGACGAAUGUACCUCAGCAACACGUGUGUGAUAUACAGUCAGAGAACGUCGGCAAGACCAAACCUAAACUGGAGAUCCCAGACUCGGGCUAUGAGGAAAUACUGAGCACACAGGCGUGCGCAGGGCAAGCAAACGCCAUCAACUUCCUGGAGCAUGUGCAGGCCAAGGUGACGGUGAAGAGCAAGAGGAGGGGAGACCUGGUCAUCCACUUGACCUCGCCUGCUGGUACACGCUCCACCAUCCUCCCUCAGCGACCCAAUGACAGCGACAGGAUGAAGGGUUUCCAGGAUUGGGCGUUCCUGUCUGUCCAUUUCUGGGGGGAGAAUCCAGUCGGACAAUGGAAGCUCGAGAUUGAGGUUCAGAAAAACUCCCACGGCUACGUUGGCUCAUAUGGAGGUGCACAGAUGACCAAUGACCUGAUAGACUGGUCUCUGAUCCUCUAUGGAACAGAGGAUAACCCAGUCAACCUGGUCAAGCCCACCCACCCAACUGUUGAGCCCGCAACAAAGUCAUCAACAGGGUGCCACGUGCAGUGCGAGGGAGGAUGUUCCGGACCAGAGGCAAACCAGUGUAUCAGCUGUAAGAACUACCACAUCCCCGACCAGAGUCUGUGUGUGGAAACGUGCCCCAACAACUUUUACGCGGACAGUUACGAGUGUAGGGAAUGUCACAGCUCAUGCGAAACGUGCACACAGAUCUCUGAGAACAAGGUGAUGUGUAUGAAGUGCAAGCCGGGCUUCCUGCUGGUCGAGGGGAAGGGCACAUGCGAGAAGACGUGCGAGAAGGGAUACUACAAAAAUGAGGCUAGCCACCACUGCCGCGUCUGCAGUGGUGUUUGUGCCGAGUGUGAGGGAUCCAGCUCCCACUGUUCAGCAUGUGGUGAUGGCCAGCAACUCAACGGGAAAACGUGUGUCUACGCGAAGGAGUGUGCCACAGGGGAGUACCUUGAGGAGACGGGGAAUUGUCACACAUGCCCAGACAGCUGUUUCUCGUGCACCAGCGCAGACAACUGUACUUGCUGUGAUAAGGGCAGCUACCUUCAAAACGGGAGUUGCGUGCACUCAUGUGAUAAUGGUUACCAGCCGUUCCACGUGAACUACAGCUCCAAGUUUGUAUUCCAGCAGUGCCAACACUGUGGCGACAGGUGUAAUGUGUGUCCCGAGGGUUUUAAUUACGUGACUGGGGUGUGCAUCCAGCAGCAGAACUGUCCUGAGGGCACCUACUUCCAGUGGAACUCUAUGUCAUGUAAAUCCUGUACUGACAACUGUCGUGCAUGUAUUGGUCCAAGUCAAUCGGACUGCCUGGCGUGUGUUGCGCCGUAUGGCUACAACAACCUGUUGCGACGCUGCAUGACUUGCUGCUCCGCACUCACCUGGAGCAGGGGAGAUAAAGACUGCUGUAAAUGUGUAGAGGAUGGUAAAUGUGAUAUAUCUGCUCAACCUCCGGAGUCAUCUGAUGCGAAGCAGCUUUUCUCAGUGGCCACACUCAUUGUGGUUCUUCUCGUCAUAGUCAUCACCUGUCUCUCCAUAUUUGUUGUCGUAGCUGUCUGGAUCGGCUGUCGUAGGAACGGAGCGGACAAGUCAGGGUACCGAUACUCCGAGCUGAAGACGGAUGACAUGUCUGUUGAUAUAGGAGAGGCGUCUUGAUCAACACUCUAGUUUAGCUAUGUUUGCCUUAUCGAUAUAGGAAACUCUACAAAUUGUGAACCAUCAAAUCAUACAUCGUGUGUUAUAUUAUAUAUGUUCUUUUGCAAACUAAAAAUGUUUAAGAAAUGAAGCACUUUCCUUAUAAAAGUAUACCUAUUGUAAAUAACCUUUUUGAUUUCACAAUUUGAAUUCUCUUUAAUGCAUUUAAAAUUGACUAUACGUAAUUUUAAUACUAAAAGUAACAUUAUAAACCUAUUUCUAGCAUAAUUACACUUUGCUGUCAUUUGACUCACAAUCAACAAGGAAUUAUGGUUUGAUGGUCAGUGUUACAACUUGUAGCCACAUGUGAUAUUUUUCAUUUAUAUAUGACACAAUGGUGCAGCAGCAAGGUUGUGUGAAUAUGUCGGUAUAUCUGGGUAGAUGUUUAUGUCAAUAAGUGUGUAUGUGGGGCAGGGGGAGCGGAUGAGGGCAUGGAGGCGUCAUUAUUUGUGUUAACAUUUUAACAUUAUUUACAUGCUGAGAGAUGACUACAGUGGAUGAUCGAAUAGAUUAUUGUGACCCUGGACUGUUAAAAGCUAUACCACAUGUGUAUGCUCAUUCAUGAUAUAUGAUUAAUACCUUCAAAAACGUGCACAUAUUCAAUUAAUGAUGCUAAGAAAGUUUAAUGAUGCUAAGAAAGUUUUUUCCUUGAAAAUUUAAUUUACUUUCCUCUGCUAAUGGAGAAACUGGUUUAAAGUGUGAGCGAUUAAGCUUUAGUCCAACAUUGAUCAAAUAACUUACUUCAGGUUUUAUAUUACAUGCUCAAUUAAUGAAAUCAGAUUAUACAGAAAUCAGAUUUAGGUUUGCACACACUUUAUUUGUGUUUGAAGAUUAUGUCACAGCCACCCAAAUGCAUAUUUCACGUCGGUAUGUUUUUUGUCUCAAGUUGAUUGGCCAGAUCAAAGAAAUCUUUCUCUUAUUACAACUUGAUUGUAACAUGUAUGAUUACCUAUUCUCAAGAAGGAUGUACGUUUAUAGACAUGCUUGGUUCUUCCAGGCUCACAUAUGUAGGGUUGUUCUCUGUAUGUACUGUUAAAGAGUGUCACAGUUAUAUACAUGUAUUAUGUCCAUCUCAUUUGAGUUGUGUCAAUCUGUUGUGUCACUAUAUAACAUUUAACAACAAAUAAAUCAUUUGUUUGUAGUAUGGGAUACAAAUGUGAUGUUCAUUCAAUAUGAGAGUUCUCGCAUCAUUUUAGUGGUGCCCAGUGGCACGGCAUUAUGUUUCCAUUAUUGUAAGUGUUGAGUUAGAUUUUGAUGCAGGUCAUCUCAGUUUCAAGCAUAGACUUAACAUAGUCUUUAUUAGUACAGUGAAAACUCACUAAACCGGACUGGGCAAAAUUUCCGGUUUAGUGAGGAUUCCGGUUUAGUGAGGAUUUGAUGUACGGAGUAAGUUUGCUCAAAAUAUUAACUUUAAAGGGAAGUUGGAAAUUGGAAUAAAAUAAAAACACAUAAAGAUAACAUUUAUUUUACAUCAACGAUGGUUCAAGUAACUUGAAAUAAUGCAUAGAGUAUACAUGUAUAUUCAUUUAUAUAUCAAUGUACAUUACAGAUACAGUUUAUACAGUUUUAGACAGAGGUUGAGACAUGAUUAAAGCACAUGCAAAAGUGAUAAACAUAAUUCUGCGUUUUUAUUAUCAUCUUUUUUCCGAAUCUAAAAAAAUAAAACAACUCGCGUAAUUUAAUGCUUGUUAAGUAUGUUUGAUAGUUUAAUUAAAGCACCGCUCUAAUUUGAUUCACUCAUAGAUGUCUUUAGAUAAAACAACUCUCUAAAAUGAUCACUUAAUAACCGUUUCUAAUUCUUUAUUUUCUGCAACAAACAAAUUAAUGUUUCAAUCAAUUUUCUUUUCACAAGUUUGAUUAACGUUUGAUUAUCGCGCGGCAGUCAAUCCACAGCGCAAUCAUCAUUAUCGAUUAUCGAGUUAUCACAACAUCAAAGGUGCAAUAUUUUACGACGCACCGGCUGUCAAAACAAAGUGACACGCGAUUCGCGAAUUCCUAAUACACAAAAUCAUUUUGACAUGUUUGAACAAAUAUAUGUGCGGUUUUGCGAGGUAAAAUUACGUUGACAACUAACAAAUUUUCUCGAUUUUUUGUCCGGUAUCCGGAAUUCCGAGGUUCCGGUAAUGUGGGGAUUAUUUUAAAUUGAAAAUAGAAGGGGAAAAUCGGGACUCUGAAAAAAGAGGAUUCCGGUUUUGUGGAGAUCCGGUUUAGUGAGGUUCCACUGUAAUACCAAAAAACUGAUUGUGAAAACUAGUUAGCAGGGUAGUUUCAUUUCUGAAUUUUCAGUUUUCUUGCCAUUUGUCAUGAUCAAAGUUCAUUUUGACAUCUUAGCAAAUCACUAUCACACAUACUGCCAUUGUGGACUGUAUUUAUACCAAAGGCAUAUUACCUACUGCUGCUGCCUUGCACUUUAUAUUGGCCCAAUAUCAGAUAAAAAUUGUAUUUUAAAUAUCUGUGGAAAACUUGUAGAUUUGGCACAAUGUUGCUGAGUUAAUGGAUUAAAUUUCUCCCCAGAUAAAUUUAUCAUAUAUAGUUUGCUUAUUCCAAGACUUAUUUCUGUAAGAAAAAAAUACAAGUUAUGUUAUUACAGUACAAAGGAUAAAAAAGUUUUUAAAAAUUAAAAUUCUAAGCUUUUUAAAUGCCAGUUUACUCAGUAAUUUUUUUCAUAAUCACAAAAAGAAAUCAGAUCUGUUUUGUCUUGUGUUAUUUUUUCUGUGUGUAAGAGAAGUGACUUGUAUGUAAUUGUUCUAUAAAUGUUUAUUUGUGAGGCUGUUUGAUGGCAUAAAUCCAUAUUCUUGCAUAUGCUGGCUGCAGAGUGAGAAAUUUAUAAACGACCACUAUAUAGCAGUAAUUUGGCCUGGGUGUUUUUGUAUGCAUGACUUUUAUCAUAACUUCAGUCUUUCAUUUAGUUGUAUGCAUACAAUUAUUGCACACUUUAUUCUUGUACAAUUUUUAUUCGUAGUUUGUGCAGGAUUUUUGUAACCCUUGAACAAAUGUUUUGGAACAAUAUAUACUUGUAUUUCUGGCUGUUUUAGUCUACAUAGAUGUAUAAAUAACAUGUUUUGCACAUAGAGUUUAACAUAGACGAUGUAUCCACUGUUUAAAGCUGCACUCUCACAGAUUGAACGUUUUAACAACUUUUUUAUUUACUGUCUUAGAACGAGCCAAUUUUUGCGACAGGUUUUUAUGUUUUAAAUUAAAAAAAUAAUGUUUUAUGCAUUUUACGGUUUUUGACCAUAAAACAUUAAUUUUUGAACGCAAAUAUGAAAAUCUGCGAUCUGAUCUUUUGUCAGCAAUCUUUUAUCAUUGGUUUGCAGAUAUUUUCGCAAAAAAAUUCUCUUUCCAAGACAAAAAUUAAGUAAGUUGUAGAAACAUUAUAUCUGUGAGAGUGCAGCUUUAAAGAUAGUGAAACAAUAAUGUUGCAUGUAUUAUGAAAUAAUAUAAUAUGCAUUGAAUGACAAGAUAAGCUAAUCAAUGUAAAGCAGGCCUUCUGUGUUCCUGCUUGAUAUUCAAAUUUUCUCUACCAAAACUUUCAUUUUGCAUAAUUGUAUGAAAUGCAUUAACAGAAUAUAAAGGGGAACCUUUUACUUGAAUACAUGUAGUAAAGUCUUUGAGUGUUUAAUGUAUAAUUGAUUAUAGUAUAUGUGUUUAUCGUUUUGAAUAUAUUGUUGUUUUUUGAGGCUAUAUUUCUGUUACUGCAUGGAUAAGAUAUAUUAAGAAAAUGUUUAAGCACCAAACCCAUGCCACAAGUGGAAGAAAAACAUACCCUUUCUUAAAUUGUACAGCUGAUGAGCAGAACUAAGGUCACUUCAUCUAAUGUUUGAAGUUAAUACAACUAGUAUUAUUUGCUGAUUGUUACAGAAAUCCAUGUUUAAUUGAUGUUUGAUUGGAUAUUGCUUACCACUUUUCUCACAUACCGGUACUGAAUUAAACGGAGAAAUAUUAGAAUACAUUUUAAAACAUUCUUCAUCAAUUUUUGCCUCAGGAAUCUUAUAUUUAGUCUCGAGCAGUUUCAUAGUUUUGACUGUUCAUAUAAUGUACAGUCAAUGUGUCGACUUUCCCACCUAACACAAAACUGUUUCUGGUAUCUAUGGUCAACCAGAAUACCUCCAAGGAAGUUUUAUCCCUACACUUGUAUUUUAAGUUAACUUCCAUGGUUUUAUUAAUGAAAUAAUGUUUGUGUGUAUAAGAAGUCAUGAAUUAUGGUUCUAGAAAAAGAUUGUAAGUUUUAUACAUAUUUACAUUUCUGCUGCGUGUAUAUUACCUUCAAACCUUAACCAGGGUACCUGUGCGGAGAAGGCUAAGUUAGUGCUGAGUGUACUAGUACACACUGUGCAGACGUGACCGAGUUAGUGCUGAGUGUAUUAGUACACACUGUGCAGACGUGACCGAGUAAGUGCUGAGUGUAUUAGUACACACUUUGCAGACGUGACCGAGUUAGUGCUGAGUGUACAAGACGUGACCGAGUUAGUGCUGAGUGUAUUAGUACACACUUUGCAGACGUGACCGAGUUAGUGCUGAGUGUACAAGACGUGACAGAGUUAGUGCUGAGUGUAUUAGUACACACUUUGCAGACGUGACCGAGUUAGUGCUGAGUGUACAAGUACACACUGCACAGACGUGACCGAGUUUGUGCUGAGUGUACUAGUACGCUGCGCAGACGUGACCGAGUUUGUGCUGAGUGUACUAAUACACUGUGCAUACGUGACUGAACCAUUAAAUCGGCAUUAGCAGUGCCCAGCCUGGCAAAAAAUAGUAAAUAUCUUAAGUGUUUUGCGCAUAUGUCUAUAUACUAGCUAUACCCAUUCGCGAACAGCUCAAUUCCCCGCUUGAUUAAUAAAAUCCGAUUAACGACUUGAUGGUUUCGUCAAAAGCUCUCUUAAAGCAGCCUCGUCCGACAAUCACAUUAGCGGAGACAUUUUUGUAAAAUUUAAAAUGAUCAUUUUAUGAAUAAAAUAAUGUUCUAAUAGUUUGUUAUCUGCAGUGACCUGGUUUUGGUUGGUAAUGUUUAUUAUACAAAACUGUUUUUGUUUUGUUGUUUAUACAAUUAUAUUUAUAAAAUGCAAAUAAAUCAGAUGUAUAUUUCUU